UGAAAUACUUGAACCUAGUGGGUGAAAGCUAAGCAGAAGGGGACCAUACUGGACCUCUUUGCUAUCAAAUCACUGUCCUAAGCACUUGGAAAGUGUGUCUGCCCCUGACAUAUCCAGCCUCUGCAGAAAAGGGACAGUUUCUCACUGGCUAUAAGAAUUACAAAAUAGAAUACAAAAUGCCUAUUUUUUCAUAGAGGAUCUGAGCAUAUGGACCUUCUACAUGAUGGAAAGCUGAACAAGGAAGAAAAUGGUUAUCUAGGACCCAUUUUUUAAACCCUAGAUAGUUCAAACUAAGCAUGCAAUUUUGUUGUGCAUGACAAUCAUCAUGUCUCUAAUGGUUUUCUCAGGGCAAGUGAAAAAUAUUCCUUCUAAGCUUGAAAAGUGCUUCCCGUAACUGUCUCCCAAAUCUGGUGUGGCACAAAAGCCACACCUAUUUCUCCAGUGUCUGUUAGAACAAACCUUUCUUCCUGUAUGUAAUUGCCUCAUCUUAAUAAUGUCCACCCCAUGAGGUCAUUUUGCAGAAACUUCAUUGGUGCUAGACAUGCAUGGUCAGUUUGCUCAAGGGCUGUUAUCACAAAUUCCCUCUCUAUAUAAGUUCUCCGAGAAGAUGAGCUUUGUACAGGCUGUCUCCUUAGUGGAAGUCUCAUAAUUGUGCAAGCAUGAGCACCAUCUUGGCAUGCCUUCUUGCUCUUGCCGUCGUCAUGCCACUGUCUGAUGCUUCUUGCGCCCUUAUGCCAUUCAAGCCAGGGAUGUCUAAUGGUGUGGUUGUAGGUUGCCUUGACGAGGAAGGAAAGGUCCAUGAAUUUCAUUCCAGCUGGAGGACUGAUGACUGCAAUGAUUGUUCCUGUUACAGGACUGGAAUUAGCUGCUGCACUAGCUAUAUGACGCCAGUCAACUAUGACAAAGAGAAAUGUGAAAGCAUUUUCAACAAGGAGACUUGCUCUUAUAAAGUAGUGGAGAAAGAUGAUCACUCAAAAGAAUGCCCAGUCCAUUCAUGGGUGGGGUAAGAGAAGAAUGGUGGAUUGAGGGGAUAUUUCCUUUUAUUGUUUUAAUGGUUCUUUCUCACAAAUUCAGAAACACUUAAAAUGCAGCUGUUGAGUGAAAUCUACUCAUAUAAUGAAACUGAGUAUCUGCUCUCAAAAAACUUCUUUGGUUUCACUGCCUUAUGCUUCACCAUGAAGAAAGAACUGACCUUUUCCUUCCUUGAGCUCAGACAUUAAAGGUGACUUUUUAAAGCAUCCUCAGUAGCUGCUAAUCUGUAUUCUCUGGUCAUGUUUCAGUGCCAAGGAGCAUAUUCUGUAAUCUGUGCACAGUUGUAUCUUAAAGCUUAAAUAAAGUCAAAUGAAGCAUCAGAAA